AUGAACCAAGUGAGCUUCGUGUUCCUCGUGAGUUUGGCGGCCGUUUUGAUGCUGCCGCUGCCACCAGCCUUUGCAGCAAGGAUUCCGAUUUUCUGUGCUCCCGAUACUAGCUGUACGGUGGAGAAUGUAACAGCCACCGAGAACGAUUCAUUCCAGUUGAUUGGCUCCAUUCUGCAAGCCUACAGUGUUGCAUUUGUGAACUGCCGGCUGUAUAGCCUUCCGCAGAUCCCUCAAGCUAGACAAGUUUAUGCCAGCAAUAGCGAUCUUGUGCGACUGUAUACGAGCACUUUUGUUAACGUGGAAUAUUUGGACGUGUCUUACAAUCACCUGGAAGAAUUCUCAUCAAGUGCAACGGAGCGUCCGGAUCAGCUUAGAAAUCUAGAAUUGCAAGGAAAUGUAGCGCUGACGAACUUCACAUUUCUGCGUUCGCUUACGAGGCUGAAUACUUUGAACAUGGCAGAGAUGAAUCUAGAGGGAUUCGAUUUCGAUUUGUUGAGCUCCAUGCCGAGACUUUCGAAUCUGAAUAUGAGUCACAGUAAUAUCAGUGAGCUAUCGGCUAAUAUCAGUGGAAGGAUCGUCGAUCUGAGAGGAAACGCCAUCACCCGUAUUGUCUCGAACGCCUUUCCCUGUUACAACCGUUAUAACUAUGGGGAAUGCAAAAUCGACCUCUCGAAUAACAACAUCAGCAACAUCGAGAAAGAUGCGUUCAAUGAAGUAUCUUAUGUUAAUUUAAAGAACAACAACAUCAGUGACGGCAUUCACCCGAACGCGUUUAAAGGCGUUACUAAACUGAUCCUCUCCAACAACGAUUUGAGCAACUUUGAAUUUCUCCAGCAACUACAAACUCUGCGGACGCUUAACCUGUCGUAUGUACCCUACUUUAGCAGAUGCACUGAUUCAUGCAACGUUUUUGGGACGCUCCGGAAUCUUGAGAUACUCGAUCUAUCAAACAAUGAAAUCACCGAGUUGCCUGUGGGCAUCUUCAGCGGGCUCGUCUCUCUAAAUGCUUUGAACUUGCGCAAAAAUAGCAUCAGCUACAUCGAGUAUGGUACUUUUGCAAUGCCAAUCCGUGAGCCAAACUGGUCACCAAAUAGUAAUGCCAUCGCCGAAGUGGACCUAUCGUAUAACAGGAUAAAUGCGCUCGACUUUAGCCUAUUCACCUCGGGUCGUAGUAUUGGCAGGCUGUUGUUGCACGGCAAUCUAAUCCAGUACAUUCCCGAUGAUCUCGCCCAGUUCGGUCUAUCGACACUAGGCCUUCAAAACACGCAAGUCACAUGUGCGAAUCUGGUUAAUCUCAAGUUAAAAAGUAUCUCUGUUGUUAAUGAUCACGAUGAUAAACCCGUGUUUAACAAACCGAAUGUACGCGGUAUUCCUUGUAUAAGUCAACGAAAUAAAUAGAAAAUGUGAACAAAUA